AUGGCUAUCUAUUACGAGUUGACUUUUGGUAUCUUGGUGGUUGAGAUGGUCGCCUUUGGCCUCUUAGUUCUACCCUUACCUACACGUUGGAGAUUCACCAUGCUGAAAUUCGCCUCCACAUCGUUUAUUAUGGGCAAAGCACUCUAUUUAUUAAAAAUAAUUUUCGGCUUUAUUUUCGUACUUUUUAUCGAUACCAUCAACCGUCUUCAACGUAUUGAGGCUGAAAUUGAAAGUGAUAAAGCGCGUAACCAUGAUUACAGCUAUGACACAAACCUCAAGGCGAAGAGAUUUUAUGCUCAACGCAACCUAUACCUCACUGGUUUCACACUUUUCUUGUCUUUGAUUUUGGAUAGAACAAGCGCUCUUGUUUUCGAAUUGGUUCAACGUAAGCAAGAAUUAAAGGAAGUUAGAAUUAAGUCCGCUGAAGCAACCACAAGUCAAAGGAAUUUUGUUGAUAUGGAAGACGAUUACAAAAAGAAGAUUGAUAGUUUGAACGUUCAAAUCAAGGAAUUGAAGCGUCAACAACUUGACUACAAUACUUUAAAAAAGCAAGCUGACCAACAAUCAAAGGAAUACAACAGAUUAGCUGAUGAACAUAAUGCUUUAGAGAAGAAGAAGAGUGGCACUAUUGAUGAAGUGAAGAAGGACAUUUGA